AUGAUGUAUUUGAAAUUACAUCUCUUACUAUUCUUUCUUACUUUCAUCGAUAUUUCCUCUGCUGGUGAAGGAAAAGGGUCAUUUCAUUACAAUUUUGACUCACCAAAUUUCUCACCAUUACAAAAAAGAUAUAAAAGAGGAAUUGAUGAUGACAACGAUGAUGUCGAGAACACAUUUCGUUUACCAAAAGACGUUGAAGUGCUAGAAGAUUCGAUUGAUCAUCAGUAUUAUUUGAUGGAAAUCAAAGUCAACAGAUCUGAUCUAAUGAAGGAUUAUUACAUCGACGUACCAGCAAUGUUAGAAAGGCCGGGAACUGUUGGUAAUAAAAGUCAUUCAUCACUAUCGAAUAGCUAUAGAAGAGCCGUGGCAGCUAAAAUACAGUUCGAUUUUCCCUUUUAUGGUCACCGAAUGAAAAAUUUAACUAUCGCUACUGGUGGCUUUGCUUACAUUGGUGAUCAAUGGCAUAGCUGGUUAGCAGCCACUCAAUAUAUUGCACCGCUAAUGGCCAAUUUUGAUACACACGGUGAAAAUGCUACAAUUAUGUACGCGGAUGAUGGUCAAAAGUUUGUCAUGGAAUGGCGCAAUUUACAACUUCGUGAACAACGUUCAGAUGGCUUUUUCACUUUUCAAGCAUCUCUACACAAGAACGGAGAUAUUUGGUUUGUCUAUAAAGAUGUACCAAUACCUGUUACAAACAUCAGUGAUUCUCACCACCCAGUGAAAAUAGGAAUGAGUGAUGCGUAUCUUUUCCAUCAUAGCGUGCAUAAUCCUCUUGCACCUAUUUCGCAGCCUCCGUCGAUAAAACGAGUUAUUUACGAAUACCAUCGUAUUGAAGUGAAACCAUCGUUAAUUGUUUCAAAUACAAUCGUUAUAUUAAAAGCUCAACCAACAUGCAUACAAUAUCAAAGCUGUGAAGAAUGCUCCAAUGCAACUUUAAAACAUUUUAACUGCUCUUGGUGUCAUUCAAAAGCAAAACACGGUGGACCUUUCUGCUCUGAUCAAGCUGGAUUACAUAGACGUCGACAACACUGGAUUGAAGGAAACUGUAAGGAUAAUGGUAAAGUAACUUACUGCAGUGCAGAUGAAGAUUUCAACGAAGUGGAUGACGAAGAUGACAUUCAAGAUGCAUCUGGAAAAACACGAGUAACGGCAUCACCGUCAGAACCGGAUGAAGUGGUUGCUUGGGAUCGUGAAAAGAAAAUUAAAGUUCCAGAAGUAGCCAAAGAUAGCCAAGAUGUAUUAGGUCGGUCUAAUAGCGGAUUUGUGUCGAUAUUUAUUGUCGUUGUUGGUGUUAUAAUGCUAGCAAGUUGGGCCUCAUACGCAUAUUUCAAUCCUCAUACUCCAUCGGGCCAAUUACUGAUAAGGUAUCGUCCUUCGAGGUGGCAUAUGCCAUCAAGUCAUGUUCGAUAUAGUGCUUCAGUACACAUGUAA